GAAGACGAUGAGCUGCCUGAGGGGUACUACAACAACCUUAUUAGAACAUUAAAGCAACAUGUAGAUUCAAAGGAGAACUCUGUUGAACUGAUCAGCCUUAGGAAGAAGGUUGUGGAGUUGGAGUUUCUGCUUUCAAAGGAAAAGUCAUUUGUUGACAAGCUUGAGAAGAAUAUAACAAAGGAGAAGCAAGUUGUGAUGAUGCUUAACAACAAAUUGGAAGCUUCCAUACAGCAAAAUUUCAUGUUGAAAGUUUUGGUUGUGAUGAUUCUGUUGGGUGUUGCACUUUGGUGCUUUAAGUAG